AUGGAGGGUGAAGGACCAGACAAUUCCGCUCCUGAAUCCGGCAUGUCUGCCAACAGCCCGACCAGUCCAACGAGUCCUACCAAGCCAAAGGCGCGGACCUAUGAAGGGGCAUGCCAUUGUGGGAAAGUCCAGUUUACCAUGAAGCUCUCCCCCCCUGUUGAGGAUGGACCGGUGACCAGCUGCAACUGUUCUAUCUGCUCGGCCAAUGGAUAUCUUAUGGUCUAUCCACUUGAGACGAACAUCACAUGGGUCAGUGGAUUCGACUCCAUGACCACUUACAAAUUCGGCAAGGAGCGUAUUGCUCAUUCGUUCUGCUCGACUUGCGGUACCAGUAUGGGCGGGAAGAGUACCAAUCCGAACUUUUUUGCUGACAAUCGCGCUGUCAAUUUACCGGCCUCAAGCCCUUCAAUUACCACUACUCCCAAAUCUUUAAAAGACAAGACGACUAACACUAGGUCUUUCCCACACUGCCAGGUUCGUACUCUGAAAGGCGUCGAUGUCGAAGCCCUGAAAUUGAGAAAGGUCAAUGGAAAGGCCUUGUAG